AUGGAGAAACCACUGAAAAUAAUCGAUGAGAAUGCAAGUUCUUCGAGGUUACAAGAGCAGCUGGAUGCGAUUAAUAAAUCUGUGAGCACUGACAAGUUUGUGACGGAAUGUCAAGCAACAGAAGACGUUGAAACCGAAACGGACAUAUCCCUGAAAUGCUCGGCUGAGGAUUCAUCCCCAAUUACCAUCGAAAAACCGGAUGAGAAAUUCUGGAGAUCAGUGGCCGAAGACUAUUCGGAAAAGCUCGAUGAUAUGCGACGAAGGAACAAAGAGCUGGAAGAUGAAAUCAGAAUCGCUGAGUUGAAGAAGGAGAAGCUGGAAAAGGCGCGUGAUGAGCUUCUCGCUGUGGUAAAGCAAACUCUCGGUGGCAAUGACGGAGAAUAA